CGGCCGCCGCUGCCGCUCGCUUCCCUGUGAGGACUCAGGAGAGUGAAGAAACAACAGCCGCCAUUUUGUUUGUGUGUGAGCGACUGAGGGAGGGCGAGAGAGACCGAGCCGGACGGGGCGAGCCAGGGGGCGGGCAGCGCAGAGAGACCCAGGGGCCCGGGCGGGGAACGGGGAGAGAAGAGAGAGUCCGAGACGCAUCCCCCACAUACAUCACACCAGCCCCGCAGCCAGCCGCCGAGAGCCAGGCAGGGGCAGUAGGGAGCCUGCGCGCUCGGCCUCCUUGCUCCAAGCCCCGUCCCACCCCGCCCCGAAGCAGAGGAGACCCCCCUCCGCGGUCUGUUUUAUCCAUAAGGGGGAGAUUUCCCCCUCUUGGGCCAGUAUUUUGGGAGGCGUCUGGACCCCCGUUGGGGCCCCCGCCCCCUAUGGCGGAGGCGAGAGGGCGUCCUAGCAGCGCCUGAGCGGCGGUGGGAGAGGCGGAGAGUGACCAUCGCCGAGCGCAGGGAGUGGGGGGAAGAGAGGAGCCCAACACCCCCCGCCCUGCCCAAACCCAGCGCUAAUAACCAUCCUCAGCCACUCGGGAGGGGGAAGGUAGCGCGAGAGAAGGGGGGAGGGGCCGGCUGCUUCUUCCUCCUCCUCCUGCUUUGGGAUCGGUCCCUCCGCUUGCUCUGGGGGGCACCCAGCUCCUCGGGCUGAGCGAGAGAGCGGAGGGGGCGCUGAAACCCGCCCCUGCACCCCCAUCUCGGGAUCGGCGUUGCCUCCAUCAGGACAACAACCCCUCCUCCUUCCCCGCACAACAAGAUGUGAAGCGGAGACUCCUGGGACUUAUCCUCACCCUCCUCAUCCUUCCAGCUCCCCUCUCUGCAGCCAUUAGUGCCUGGCGAGGAAGAAGCAGGGGGAGCUGGGGACCCCGCACACGCGCUGUCUUCCUCCCCUCCAGCCCCUUCGCGGGCGGUGGGUGUCUUUUUUUUUAUUUGCAGGGUGGUGUUGGACAGGGAAGGAGCUGCUAGAGGAGGGUGAUUUUUUUUCUCUCUCUCCUUUUUCCUCCUCCUCUCCCCUCCUUCGCCCGCCUCCUUGUGGCGAUGAGGAGGAGGAGAACGACGCCGAGGAGGAAGAGGCUGAUGGCGGCGGUGAGGCGGCAGCAGGAGGAGGAGACCCCCCGGAGGAUGAAGAUGAUGGUGGCAGAGAUGAGGAAGCACCAGCAGCACAACAGCCGGGAUUAAUUUGACUAAAAACCCACCAGCCUCUUCUCUCCUUUUUUUUUUCUGGCGGGGGCGCUUUCCGUGUUCUUCCCGUCCCCUCUGCCCGGGGGAAAAGGCCUCUUCCCCACCCUACCCCCCACCUUCCCCCCCGCUGAGCCGGUGCCACCCUACCAGAGACCGAAUCCGAGGGGCAGAAAAAGGGGAACUUGGACCCCCGCGUCCUCCAGAUCCGUCGCUCGCUCUCCUUAGUCUUCAGCUGAGUCGGGGGCCCGAGAGGAAGGCGAAGAUUUUGGGGAUCCCCCGUCUCUCUGCUCGUUGUGUUUGUCUAAAAAGAAUUAAAAAUGGCCGAGAAUGUGGUGGAGCCGGGCCCGCCUUCAGCCAAGCGGCCUAAACUCUCCUCACCGGCGCUCUCCGUGUCCGCAAGCGACGGCACAGAUUUUGGAUCCCUCUUUGAUCUGGAACACGAUUUGCCAGAUGAACUAAUCAGCUCCACAGAUUUGGGACUUACCAACGGUGGUGACAUUAAUCAGCUGCAAACCAGUCUUGGCAUGGCACAAGAUGCUGCAUCUAAACAUAAGCAGCUGUCUGAACUGCUGCGGGCUGGUAGUUCCCCAAACCUCAAUAUGGGGGUUGGGGGACCAGGCCAAGGCAUGGCAAGUCAAACCCAACAGAACAGUCCUGGAAUGGGAAUCUUAAACAGCAUAGUUAAAAGCCCCAUGCCACAGGCAGGGUUGACGUCUCCAAAUAUGGGGAUGGGUACAAGUGGACCAAAUCAAGGUCCUUCAGCCCAGUCAACUGCAGGAAUGAUGCCCGCAGUAAAUAGUCCAGUUAAUCAGCCUGGCAUGGGAAUGAACACAGGGAUGAAUGCUGGCAUGAAUCCUUCGAUGCUGGCUGCAGGCAAUGGACAGGGGAUGAUGCAAGGGCAAGUCAUGAACGGUUCAAUUGGAGCAGGAAGAGGGCGACCCAACAUGCCAUAUCCAAAUCCAGGAAUAGGUAAUGCUGGUAACUUGUUGGCUGAGACACUGCAGCAAGGUUCUCCCCAGAUGGGAGGACAGACAGGACUGAGAGGGCCACAACCUGGAGCAAUGAACAAGAUGGGAAUGAUGAGCAAUCCCAGUCCUUAUGGCUCACCAUACAGCCAGAACACUGGGCAGCAGAUUGGAGCCAGUGGACUUGGUCCCCAGAUGCAGAAUAAGACUGGGCUACCAAACAGCUUACCACAGUUUCCAAUGGACAAAAAGCCAGUUCCUGGGACAGGAAUGCCUAACAUGGGCCAGCAGCAGGCUACUCAAGUUCAGCAAGCUGGGAUGGUGCCAGCUGCUCCCCAGGGAAUGGGGUCAGGUGCACCUACAGCAGACCCAGAAAAACGCAAACUCAUUCAGCAGCAGCUCGUUCUCCUCUUACAUGCUCACAAGUGCCAGCGGCGGGAACAGGCAAAUGGUGAGGUGCGACAGUGCAACCUCCCUCAUUGCCGUACCAUGAAGAAUGUCCUCAACCACAUGACACACUGCCAGGCUGGCAAAUCCUGCCAGGUGGCACACUGCGCAUCUUCACGACAAAUCAUCUCGCACUGGAAGAAUUGUACAAGACAUGACUGUCCUGUGUGUUUGCCGCUCAAAAAUGCUGGGGACAAAAGAAACCAACAGUCAUUACUGGGGGGAGCUGCCGCAGGACUUGCAAAUACUGGCUCUGUAGGGGUAGGGCAACAGACUACGUCCUCUAUAAACACUACCAGUCAGAUUGACCCUAGCUCCAUUGAGAGGGCCUAUGCAGCCCUUGGACUGACCUAUCAAGGGAACCAGAUGCAGACGCAAUCCCAGGCUCAAGUGAAGAAUCAGCAGCAAGGGCAGUCACCCCAGGGUCUGCGCCCUAUGAACCCCAUGAAUGCUAAUCCUAUGGGUGUGAAUGGAGGUAUGGGGGUUCAAGCCCCUAAUCUGCUGCCUGAGUCGAUGUUGCAUUCAGCAAUGAAUUCCCAAAAUCCCAUGAUGAGUGAAAGCGCCAGUGUUACCAGUUUGGGAGCUAUGCCAACAGCAGCACAGCCAUCCAACACCGGAAUUCGAAAACAGUGGCAUGAAGAUAUUACUCAGGACCUCCGAAAUCAUCUUGUUCAUAAACUAGUCCAAGCCAUAUUUCCUACCCCUGACCCUGCAGCAUUAAAAGACAGGCGCAUGGAGAACCUGGUGGCAUAUGCUCGGAAGGUAGAAGGUGACAUGUAUGAAUCUGCAAAUAGCAGGGCAGAGUACUACCACUUGUUAGCUGAGAAGAUCUAUAAGAUUCAGAAGGAACUAGAGGAAAAGCGAAGGACUAGACUGCAGAAGCAGAACAUGAUACCAAAUGCACCAGGCAUGCCUCCAGCUCCCAUGAAUCAAGGGCCCAAUAUGGGGCAGCCACAACCGGGGAUGUCUGCAAAUGGUCCCCUUCCUGACCCAACCAUGAUUCGUGCCAGUGUGCCAAAUCAGAUGAUGAAUCGCAUGCAGACGCAGCCGGGAAUGAACCAGUUUGGCCAGAUGAACAUGCAACUGUCACCCAUGGGUCCUCGGCAAACCCCUCCUCUUCAGCACCCUGGACAGCUAAGCCAGGCUGGGGCCAUGAACCAGCAGAUGGGAUUUGCUUCACGUAUGCAGCAGCCGGGGGUUGGCCAACCUUCCAGCCAAAGUCAGUUUCUGCAACAGAACCAGUUCCCUGCUUCCUCCCCAGGAAUGAAUGCGACAAACAUGCCUAUGACCCAGCCUGGCAAUCAGACGCCAGUGUCUCAAGCACAAAUGACCAGCUCUUCCUGUCCUGUGAACUCUCCUGUAAUGGCUCCAGGUUCUCAAGGGAGCCAUAUUCACUGCCCACCUCUUCCACAGCCUACCUUGCACCGAAACUCUCCCUCUCCAGUACCUAGCCGCACCCCAACACCUCACCACACUCCCCCAGGUCUGGGAUCCCAGCAGCAACAGCCGCAGGCAACACCAGCAGCCACCACCACUGCCCCCACCCCUACGACAAUGCCACCUGGACCGCAGUCACAAACUAUGCACCCCCCGCAGAGGCAGACUCCAACGCCUCCACAGGCACAGCUGCCUCCACAAGUCCAACCUCCAGUUCCAGUCACCCCUUCGGCAGAGCAACAGCAGCAACCCCUGUCACAACAGAGCACGACUGCAUCUGUGCCCACCCCAACAGCACCACUGCAGCCUCAGCACCCCACAACACCUCUUUCACAGCCGGCUGUAAGCAUUGAUGGGCAGGUAUCCAACCCACCAUCCACCAGCAGCACAGAAGUGAACUCGCAACAGACUAUCCCUGAGCAGCAGCAGCAGCCACUCUUGCAGGAAGUGAAAAUGGAUAUUAAAAUGGAAGAAGAGGGGCCAGAACAAACAGAACUCCAGAUGGAGGAGAAACCAGAGAUUAAAGUGGAACCAGUGGUGAAGGAAUGCAUAACAGCACCAAUGGAGCAAGAAGAGAAGAAACCAGAAGUGAAGUCAGAAAUGAAGGAAGAGGAAGAAAGACCCAAUACUCCAGCUACUCAGUCUUCUCCAGCACCAGGACAGUCUAAGAGGAAAAUUUUCAAACCUGAAGAGUUGCGGCAGGCACUUAUGCCAACACUGGAGGCGCUUUACCGGCAGGAUCCUGAGUCCCUUCCUUUCAGACAGCCUGUGGACCCCCAACUACUAGGAAUUCCUGAUUACUUUGAUAUAGUAAAGAACCCCAUGGACCUCUCUACCAUCAAGAGGAAGCUAGACACAGGACAGUACCAGGAGCCGUGGCAAUAUGUGGAUGAUAUCUGGCUCAUGUUCAACAACGCCUGGCUCUAUAACCGCAAGACAUCCCGCGUGUAUAAGUACUGCUCCAGACUGGCAGAGGUGUUUGAACAAGAAAUUGAUCCGGUUAUGCAGAGCCUUGGUUAUUGCUGUGGGAGAAAGUUAGAGUUCUCGCCACAGACUUUGUGUUGCUAUGGCAAACAGCUAUGCACAAUCCCUCGAGAUGCCACUUAUUACAGUUACCAGAACAGGUAUCAUUUCUGUGAGAAGUGCUUCAAUGAAAUCCAGGGGGAGAGCGUUUCUCUGGGGGAUGACCCAUCACAACCGCAAACUACGAUAAACAAAGAACAGUUUUCUAAGAGGAAAAAUGAUACACUAGAUCCUGAACUGUUUGUUGAAUGUAUAGAGUGUGGGAGAAAAAUGCACCAGAUCUGUGUGCUUCAUAAUGAAAUAAUCUGGCCAUCUGGCUUUGUGUGUGAUGGCUGCUUAAAGAAAACAGGACGAACCAGAAAAGAGAACAAAUUCUCUGCUAAAAGGUUGCCAUCUACAAGGCUGGGUACCUUCUUGGAGAACAGAGUGAACGAAUUUCUGAGAAGACAGAAUCACCCUGAGUCAGGAGAGGUCACAGUCAGGGUGGUUCAUGCCUCUGACAAAACUGUAGAAGUAAAACCUGGAAUGAAAGCAAGGUACAUCCCUUCAAGUCCUAAUGUUGCCUGCUCCCAGCAUCAUCCCAAAAGGUUUGUAGACAGUGGAGAGAUGGCAGAGUCCUUCCCUUAUCGAACAAAAGCCCUGUUUGCUUUUGAGGAGAUAGAUGGUGUAGACUUGUGCUUCUUCGGUAUGCAUGUACAGGAGUACGGCUCAGAUUGCCCCCCGCCCAAUCAGAGGCGAGUAUACAUAUCUUACCUCGACAGUGUUCAUUUCUUCCGCCCUAAAUGCUUGAGGACUGCUGUCUAUCAUGAAAUAUUAAUUGGAUAUCUAGAAUAUGUCAAGAAAUUAGGAUAUACAACUGGACAUAUCUGGGCCUGCCCGCCUAGUGAAGGAGAUGACUAUAUUUUCCAUUGCCAUCCUCCUGACCAGAAGAUACCCAAGCCCAAGCGACUGCAAGAGUGGUAUAAAAAGAUGCUGGACAAAUCUGUGUCGGAGCGCAUUGUCCACGACUACAAGGAUAUUUUUAAGCAGGCAACAGAAGAUCGUCUAACAAGUGCAAAAGAGCUGCCUUACUUUGAAGGGGACUUCUGGCCCAACGUGCUGGAGGAGAGCAUUAAGGAAUUAGAACAAGAGGAGGAAGAGCGGAAGAGAGAAGAGAACACUAGUAAUGAGAGCACGGAUAUUCUUCUUGAAUUGUGGACACCAGAACUGGACACAGUAUUCCAGCAGCAGUCGCACCCAGUGCCAAAUACAGAGGUGAGUAAGGGAGACAGCAAAAAUGCCAAAAAGAAGAAUAAUAAGAAGACAAGUAAAAACAAGAGCAGCUUAAGUCGUGGCAAUAAGAAGAAGCCUGGCAUGCCCAAUGUCUCCAAUGAUCUCUCCCAGAAGCUGUAUGCCACUAUGGAGAAGCACAAAGAGGUCUUCUUUGUGAUCCGUCUCAUCGCUGGCCCUGCAGCGAACUCCCUGCCUCCCAUUGUUGAGCCUGACCCACUCAUUCCAUGUGACUUGAUGGACGGGCGUGAUGCCUUCCUCACCCUUGCUAGAGACAAGCACCUGGAGUUCUCCUCACUACGAAGAGCUCAGUGGUCAACCAUGUGCAUGCUAGUGGAGCUGCAUACCCAGAGCCAGGACCGCUUUGUUUACACCUGCAAUGAAUGCAAGCAUCAUGUAGAGACCAGAUGGCACUGCACUGUCUGUGAGGAUUACGACCUGUGCAUCACCUGUUAUAACACUAAAAACCACGACCACAAGAUGGAGAAAUUGGGCCUUGGCCUAGACGAUGAGAGCAACAACCAGCAGACUGCAACCACCCAGAGCCCUGGUGACUCCCGCCGUCUGAGCAUCCAGCGCUGUAUCCAGUCCCUUGUCCAUGCCUGCCAGUGUCGUAACGCCAACUGUUCACUGCCGUCCUGUCAGAAGAUGAAGCGAGUUGUCCAACAUACCAAAGGCUGCAAGCGCAAGACCAACGGAGGGUGCCCUAUUUGCAAACAGCUCAUUGCUCUUUGCUGCUACCAUGCUAAGCACUGCCAGGAGAACAAGUGCCCGGUGCCCUUUUGCCUCAACAUUAAACACAAGCUUCGCCAACAGCAACUUCAGCACCGUCUGCAGCAGGCCCAGAUGCUCCGAAGGAGGAUGGCGAGCAUGCAGAGGACCGGUGUGGUAGGUCAGCAGCAAGGAUUGCCUUCACCAACACCAGCCACACCAACAACUCCAACAGGCCAGCAGCCCCCAACACCACAGACCCCACAACCCCAGCCGCCACCCCAGCCUGCCUCGCAACCCCAACCUGCACCUCCCAAUACUAUGCCACCCUACACCAUGCCGAGAACUCAACCUCCUGGUGCUGUGUCCCAGGGCAAAGCAGGUGGCCAGAUAACUCCUCCAACUCCACCUCAGACUGCUCAGCCACCAGUCCAGGGUCCUCCUCCAGCUGCAGUAGAAAUGGCCAUGCAGAUCCAGCGAGCAGCAGAGACUCAGCGUCAGAUGGCACAAGUUCAGAUUUUCCAAAGGCCAAUUCAGCACCAGAUGCCCCAACUGAAUCCGAUGCCACCAAUGGGGAUGAACCCUCCCCAGAUGGCCAGAGGGCCUGGCGGUCACAUAGACCAAGGGAUGGGGCCAGCAGGAAUCCAGCAGCAGCCACCGUGGGCCCAGAGUGGGUUACCCCAACCACAGCAGCUCCAGCCAGGAAUGCAGAGACCAUCCAUGAUGUCAGUAGCCCAGCCAGGGCAGCCUAUGAACAUGGCGCCUCAGCCAGGAAUGGGUCAGGUUCCUGGUGCGCCUCAGCCAAAACCAGCAUCUCUGCCCCAGGCAGCCUUACAAAACUUACUGCGGACUCUCAGGUCUCCCAGCUCCCCCAUGCAGCAGCAGCAGGUGCUUAACAUCCUCCACUCCAACCCUCAGCUACUGGCUGCUUUCAUCAAGCAGAGGGCCGCCAAGUAUGCAGUGUCUCAAAAUCCACAAGGUAUGCCAGGGCAGCCUGGAAUGCCACAGGGGCAGCCAGGGCUUCAACCACAGCCAGCCAUGCAAGGGCAGCAAGGAGGGGUGCACCCAAACCCAGCCAUGCAAAAUAUGAACCCCAUGCAAGCCGGGGUCCAAAGGCCCAGCAUGCCCCAGCAGACGCAGCAGCAGCAGCCUCAGCAGGCCAUGGGUGGGAUGAACCCUCAGGCACAGCCGAUGAACAUGAAUCACUCUGGGAUGUCUCCGCAAUUCCGGGAUCUUCUAAUGAGACGGCAGCAGAUGAUGGAGCAGCAGCGCCAUCAGCAGCAGCAGCAGCAGCAGCAAGGAGCAGGCCCGGGGUUGGGGCCCGGGAUGGCCAACCAUAAUCAGUUUCAGCAGCCCCAGGGUGUCGGUUAUGCGCAGCAGCAGCAGCAGCAACAGCAAAGGAUGCAGCAUCAUAUGCAACAGAUGCAGCAAGGAACUAUGGGACAAAUGAGCCAGCUCCCACAGGCAAUGAGUGCAGAGACAGGAGCCAGUUUGCAGCAGGCUUUCCAGCAGAGGCUACUUCAGCAGCAAAUGGGAUCCCCAGCUCAGCCCAACCCUAUGAGCCCCCAACAGCACAUGCUCCCCAGUCAGGCCCAGUCCCCACACUUACAGGGCCAGCAGAUCCCUUCAUCGCUCACCAAUCAAGUGCGUUCUCCACAGCCUGUACCCUCACCACGACCCCAGUCCCAGCCCCCCCAUUCCAGCCCUUCCCCUCGGAUGCAACCUCAACCUUCUCCACACCAUGUCUCUCCGCAGACCAGCUCCCCACAUCCAGGACUGGUAGCUGCCCAGGCUAACCCCAUGGAUCAGGGGCACUUUGCCAGCCCGGACCAGAGUGCAAUGCUUUCUCAGCUUGCUGGCAAUCCAGGCAUGGCAGGCCUCCAUGGUACAAGCGCCACGGAACUGGGGCUCAGCUCCGAUAACUCAGACUUGAAUUCAAACCUUUCACAGAGUACACUAGACAUACACUAGACACAUUGUAGCAUUUUGGGAGCAAAAAAAAAAACUUAUUUUCUCAAGACUUUUUGUACUGAAGACAAAUUUUUUUGAAUCUUUCUUAGCUAAAACAACAUUUUUCCCUGGAACACAUCCGAACUCUGCAGCAGUAGUUUGUGGUUUUAAAAACAAGAAACCAACAAAAUAAACCUGAGGGACAAUAGAAUACAAAGAAUAUAUUUUUGUUAUGGCUGGAAUCAUAACCAGUCCUUUUUCUUGUUUUUCCUCGCAUGCGUGCGUUGGGAGGUGGAGGGGAAAAGGGUGGUCUUUUGGCCGCUGACUAAAUUGGCCCCCUUCUCAUGCCUCCAAUAGGUUUUAUUUUUUUUUUAAAUUAAUGAAAAUAUGUAAUAUUGAUAGUUAUUAUUUACUGAGGCAGAUGGUUAACAUUUUCCCUAUUCUGGUUUUUCUUCACAUCACUGCAAAAAACCCACAGGAGAACAUUUCCUAAAACCGGAGGACAAAAGGGGUUAAUGUUGCUUUAAAAAUACAUUACAUAUAUAUAAAUAUAUAUUAAAAAUAAAUACCAGUUUUUUCCUCUUUGGUUGGAAAGAUGUCAAUUCUUUGAAAAAAUGUAAAAAUAUUAAAUAACCCAGUCCCCUCCUGAAGUCUACUUUUGUCCUCCAAGAAUUUUCUAUACAAGAGUCUGAGCUUAAAAAAAACUUCAAGUAUUAAAAUAAUUUGUACAACAUUUUUGCAAAUACACAGGGGCAGCUGCCAAAUGGAUGUAGUAUAUAUAUUGUGGUUUCUGUUUUCUUGAAAGAAUUUUUUUGUUAUUUUUACAUCUAACAAAGGAAAAAAAAUAAAAAAGAGGGUAAGAAACAAUUCCGAGAGGAUGAUUUUAACCUGAGAAAAGUCCCUGGGGUUUCUUCUUUAUGCUUGCUUUCUCUCUCUCUCUCUCCCCUUUCCCCACCCUCUUCCACUUUCUGUAAAACUUGAAAAUAGAAAGCAAAAAACCCUCAAAUGUUGUAAAUCAUGCAAUUAAAGUUGAUUACUUAUAAAUACGAACUUUCGAUCACUGUAUAGACUGUUAAAAUUGAUUUCUUAUUACCUAUUGUUAAAUAAACUGCGUGAGACAGA